AUGACCGACCCCUUGUCCAUCGCAACUGGCGUCGCAGGAUUAAUCCAAUUGGCAGGGCUAGUCAUCGGCCAAUGCUAUCGUUAUGGCUGUGGGGUUUCAAGUGCCCCUGAUGAAGCCAGGAGGCUCGUCUCUGAAGUCACAAACAUCAGUGGAGUUUUGGUUGGCGUGCAAGGGGUACUCAAGCAUGCAGACCCUUCCGCAUAUCAAUUUGAUAGCCUUCUCCGAGACUUACGGUCUCUACUACAGACGUUGUCGUCAAAGCUACAGAAGGAAUCACCAGAGUCCGGUAAAUCUGCUGGAAGAAGGACACUUAAACGACUGCUGUGGCCGUUGCGGAAAGGUGAGACGGAGGAUAUAGUGUCUGCACUUGAGCGGCACAAAAAUUCGCUUGCAUUGAGUUUAAGCAGUGUCUCUGUGGACUUGCUCAUUGAUCAAACCACUGCGCUCGAGAAUCUAGCAGACUCUUUCUCAGAUCUCAGUGUGGACAUCAAAUCUAACCAAGCUUUACAAGAACGUCGACAGAUCUUAGAUUGGCUGUCAGAGCAUCAGUACGAUGCCCAAUACCGACGUGGGUGUCAGCUUCACUGCUCGGAUACGUGUGCCUGGCUGCUCUAUGAGCACGAAUUCCAAGCCUGGAUGACGAAGCGGUCUUCGCUCCUCUGGAUGCAUGGCCAAGCGGGAUCUGGGAAGACUGUCGCAACAAGUUAUAUCAUUAAUUAUUUAAGCACUCAACUCGAGCCACAAUCGACAAGAUUAGCUUAUUUCUACUACGAUGCAAGCACAAUUGAAAGCCUCACACCGGAAACCUUUUUCGGAACAAUCAUCAAACAAUUUUGCGCAGAGAUGAGCAAGAUCCCCGAAGAUAUUGUCAGCCUGUACCAGCGAGCUACGAUACGAGCAGGGACACCGAAACAGCCUGACCUGAAAGAUCUGGAACGAUUUCUGAGUUUGACCUUGAAAGACCAAAUAGCCAGCGUUAUUGUGGUUGACGGGCUGGAUGAAUCCCCUGACUAUGAUGUUGUUUGCGAUUUUCUCACUUCGCAUGUCUCAUCAGGGCAAUAUCCGCUCCGAGUGUUUAUAAGCAGCCGGCCUGAAAUGGAUCUCCAACGACGAUUAGAGCUGUUUCAGAAAAUGCCUGUGCCAGACGACGCCAUCGAUGGUGACAUUGGAGUUUAUAUUAAGAAGAGAAUCGAGUCCGACGCCCGCCUCCGCAGGAUGAGUGAUAAAAUGAAGGAAUAUGUUGAGCAGACGUUAAGAAGGGAUUCACAUGCUAUGUUUCGGUGGGUUCAGUGUCAACUAGAUGCAAUAUCUCAUUUGAGAACCGAUGCAGCGGUGAAACGAGCGCUAAAUUCACUUCCGUCGAGUCUUGAAGGCUCGUAUAUUCGCAUCCUGCAAAGCAUUGACACAGGCGAUGUGGAAUUUGCGCGACGGACGCUGCUCUGGCUUGCAUAUGCCACGAAUCCAUUGACCCUAGCAGAACUCUCGCAGGCUGUUGUCCUCGAAUCCAACUUUGAAUGGCUCGACCCAGACUCAAUGUUGAAUGACCCCACAGAUAUCCUAGAGAUAUGUGGAAGUCUGAUCUCAUUCAAUUCCUCGUCUGAAACUACCCGAAUCGCACACCAUUCAGUUCGCGAAUUUCUCACCGGCCGGCUUAGCCCGUCAUCCAGAUUCUCGAUUCCUGCCACAACUUCCCACCGGCACAUUGCAGAAGUCUGCAUCUCUUAUCUUCUCUUAGAAGACUUCGAUGCUGGACCUUUGGUGAAGGGGGAACUAGAGUGGACACUGGGGAACUACCCCUUACUCCGAUAUGCUGCUCAGAACUGGCCCUUUCAUGUGCAAAUGUCCGAAGAAGAGGCGGAGCUUCAACCUCUCAUCCUACGCCUUAUGACACCGGAGCCGAAUCAGAAUUUCCACUUCUGGCUACAAGUUGUCUUCUUCGACUCUAAGCACGGCUACAUCUCUCCCACAUCCGAACUCACCCGUUGCCAAGCACUAUACUAUGCUACAAGCUACGGCUUGAGCGAAACGGUGCGGAGUCUGAUCGCAGCGGGUGCGAAUCUCAACAAACGAGCAGGUCGUUUCGGCGGGACGGCUUUGCAUGCUGCGGUAUGGAGAAAACGCCCAGAUAUCCUCCGGAUGCUUCUGGAUGCGGGAGCGGACGCAAAAUUAAAGGACUAUACUGGUGUCACCGCACCAGAUAUGGCGCUCUGGGCAGGGUCCAAGGAUAUGUUCGAGAUAAUGUCGGCCACGUUGAAUGUGGACAAGGGCUUGGCGCAACUGAUGCAGAGGGUCCUUACCAAUCGUACAAAUGCGCUAUCAAUGAAUCAGGAAGAAUGGGACGUGGCCCAGAGAUUUCACGAUCUCGAGCAUGAGGAGGAGCAACAAAGGGGACGCUUGAAAGUGAUUCACCAGAUAUAUGACCAAGCGGCUAAGAAGGAUGGCGUGACAUCUCUAGAGCAUGGGAGGCAGUCGUCUGAAAUGCGUGCCGUUGCGGAGGUUCCGCGCAGGGAUAUUGCUAAUGCAAAAGAUGUUGGAGGGGGCCAGCGGUUUGAACUGGAUUAG